AUGGCGCCUUCAGCGAGGGCCAUAACCUACCAAUACCAUCAUGUCGUUCUCCCCCCGAAGCUCCCACAACAAGACGAUCGCAGUGCUUCGCACGACUUGGCUCUCAUCAAAAAUGUCAUUCAAGCCCUUAAAGUUCUGAAAAAUCAUGUCAAAAACGAACAUAUCGGGUCCGUCGACGCAGCUAUCGCUACUGUUGAGAAUCUUCAGCUUUGCCGCGACCAGCAUGGAUGUACCAAUCAGCUCGAACUACAAAAGCUUCUUGGCAAACUUGCAAACGGUGAUACGACUGGCGCUGUACCCAUUGAAAUAAAAGAACAGAAUGCUGGACUCCUUGUCAGUAAAUCUGGAGAUAACAUCAACUUCGAAUCCUUUGAACUUUCGCCCACCAACGCAGGAGCCAUGAAGACUGGACGACUCAUACGAAGCUUUCCAGGCUGUGCUGUCAAGCUUUCUGUAACCAAGAUGACCAGCAGUGCGGAUCUUCGUGAAUCCAUUUCCAGCACCUUGGCGAAGAUGACUACGCAGAAGGUUCCAAGCUUUCAGCCCCAGAUCACCAAGAACAAAAAGGAAAUGAGCGAAGAACGCGACACGACCGAUCCUGGUAUGGUCACAAACUUCUACAUGAGUACCCUUACAGCCUUCGGUGAGACUACAGACGUCAAGCGUAUCUGGAAGCAUACACGGGAAGAGAUUCUUUGGGACAGUUGCCUUUCUCCAUGGCGACGUUCUCCAUUGUGGCUCUUGUUACGUGUGUCGCUUCAACUCGUCUUUGUGCGCCAAGCACCAAAAUCGCUACCUGAGGACGGCUUAUACAAAGCCUUUGCAAUCUUCCUAUUGGCACGACUGCUUGAUAUGGCCAAGCAAAACUGGAAAGAGUUGGGAAGCGAACCCAUCCAUGUCGUCUCCGCGAAGCUGACGCGACGCAUGCGCAAGUUCAAGCUCCUCAAACAGACUGACUAUCUCAAGACUGCUUGGCUUAAGUACAUGGAAAGUGGAAUUUGCGAUGCUCAUAGCGUCAUCAACAAACAUUGGCUUGGCUUGGUCGACAUGACCGUAGGCAAUAUUGACACAAGCGGCGUCGCCAACUUAAAGCCAAAGAUCGACCUUGAGAUGCGUCUCUCAAGCAUGGACAACUUCUUGUCUCAGAUAGCCUCUCGGAAACAAGAAGGAAACUCGUCUACAUAUACUCCAACCUCGGUGUAUCCGGCAUUUCCCCAGUCUGAACUCCCAAGCAAUUUGGCGGGACCUGAUGACUACAAGUACUUUCGUCUGGCGGCUUUUGAGAAAUGGGUCGAGCACUCUCUUUCAAAUUGGACCAGCGACCAUAUUUACGAUGCGAACGCCUGCGGGAAGCUUCGUACAUUGAUGCAAAACUACUAUGACAUCGCUAGUACUGCGUAUGCUCAAGCGCCUGUCGCCAUGUCCAUCAUGUAUCUGACGCUUGCGGAGCUCUGGAUUUCAUGCGACAAAUGCGCAUGCGCCAUCUAUCCUAUGCUGAUCGAGUAUGAUCCAGAAGUCGAUUUGAUGGAAUUUCAAUCUCUUGUACUUCCCCUGAAAAGUCAACUCGAGCGUCUCCACACCGUUGAGAGCUAUGUUGAUUCACGGCGUUUCCAAGCAUCAAAGGGAAAGCCUUCUGUUUACCGAGAGUUUGGUAAACCGUCCUCGUUCGCAGUCCGAUACUUUGAUCAAUGCGCAUCGCUCCAGGCUAUCUUGAAGCAGAUCGAGGAUGAUGCUGCCAUCAAGCGACAGAAAAAGUGUGAGGAAUUGGAAAACAUCAAGAGUCUUUACCGCCAGUACAUGGAAAUUUACAGCAGCUCCGUCUGUGAAUAUCGUACCGUGGUCACAAACCCUUAUCAUGGUUAUACGAAACCAGUACAUGCGCGCAGAUGCCGCAAAUGCACAGCCAAGAGGGAUGCAGACGCUCUGACCAUAUCCAUAUACGAGUGGCCGCUCUCUGACAUACCAUCCACAGCAAAAGCCACGGUGUUUGAGCUGAGGAUACCCGAAGCUUUCGGUAAUUGGCGAGAUGCUUCUGCAUACUUCAUCAAUACUGUGCUGGGUUGUCAAGAGAAGAGUCCACAUAGACCGAGUUGCUCAUAUACCCUCCAGUAUCACCAUGAUAUCUCCCAUAUGUUGUCUCCGAAUCACCGCGAAAGGCGCGUUACGCUGCUCUCUCAGGUCAAGAGUCACACAGUGACCCAUCGAUCCAAGAUGAAAGCGAUUCCUCAUCUGAAAGACAGCGACAUUUGUCUGAAAAACGCCCUGCAAUAUGGCUACUACGACUCUGUUCGUGGUCACUUCAACACGGUGAGACCAGUUUGUACAGAGCAAAUCCCAAAGAACUGCAUGUAUCAAAUGCCGUCUCGAUCGAAGGCGCUCAACCGCUUCGUGUACCACCCGCCAUCUCUGCCACACGGUCUUCCUGCAAAUGAAGUCAUUGCAAGCGUGUCCGAUUGCCCAACUCACCUUUCCAUCGACGAGUACAAAGCUUUGGGCGUACUGCCUCUGGGAAACCACAUCCUUUACUCAAACAUGCUCACACAAUUAGCGGUACCAGUCAUAGAUUUCUCAAAAGUCGAAACACAAUGCGUAGUCUUCCAGUCUACACAGCAAACUGGCAGUCCAGGCCAGCACAUCGAGCGCACACGCCAUCGCAUCCUCACUGAGCCGAAUUUCAGUCAUGCAAUACUUGAUCAGCUUGAGGUUGCUCUUGGGCGUGUUGAGGAGAACUGGGAAUCAUGGCGAGCCUCAGCUACAUUUUCUCUGCUCGUUCGCAGAGUGCUGAACAUGACUUCAGAACAAAGUGUUCGCUCGCGCGCAUUCAGUUACCUCAUACGGCUGCGCUCAAUCUGUCUCAAGUGGGUGCUGAGGCUGAAACAGAGGGUGGCUGCAUCCACGGACGAUGAUCAGCGUACAGAUCUUUGUUCGAGGGCUACGGAGAUUGCUCUAGUAUGUGCAAGCACGUACGACGUGGAGACUGCCGACUUUGGUAUCGUCCUGGAGCACCAAUCAGCGGUAUCUACGCUGGUACAAUCUGCAAUAACUAUCCAGGAGAACAGCGGGUCCGUCAAGUCUGAGAGCCAGUCUCUCUUUAAGAGUAUGCUUCGGACCUGGAGUGGGUUAAUGUACCGAAUCCUCCCAAAGUUAAGGGAGUACAUCCUCAUGAACAGCAAAGGUCUUUCAGAUGCUAUUACUGCCAACUGGGCAGCGUUCGCCCCAAAUUCAAAAAAACCUUGGGCCUCACUCAGUGGCAGGCAAGAGCACUGGCUUCACACCACCUCGGGCUCAUUGUCAGUACAUUUCAAUCUGCUCACCGGCGAACUUUUUGUCAAUGGCUUGCCGUUAGCAAGACUGCCUUCCGAAUACAUGUCCCAUAAAAUGUAUGAGCCACUCUUCCACAAGUCAGUGUUGGAAGUUGUGCCGACCAAUGAACCUGGAAUGCGGUUCUCAGCCAAGGCUCCAUACCACAACUACAAGCUUGACUUCGGAAUGAAAGGCAAUGAUAUGCUUGUGGUAGCCCAUGGCCAUGACACGAAGCUCGAUCUGGUCCCGUCGCACACGUUACAGCAGCAACUCCCUCACGCUUUCCUGGCAGAUUACGUCCACUGGUUUGAUCACAAGCGGGACGAAGUAAUCUUUCGACGGCGAGGUAGCCCCUGGGAGUCGACCGUUGAAGAGUGGCGUUUGGUUCGCAAUGCUCGACAUAAGACUUGGAAGUUGGUGAAAGGAACUGAAGUCUUGAUCAGUCUAGGAAGUCCCUCUGUAACCCUUCUCGGAAAGUUGUUACGGCCACUGGAAGAGGUGGAGCAUAUGCAUGCCAAGCUUGAUAACACGACUCAAACGAUCAAUAUCGACCUUCCUCGACUACAACUUGGGUUCUACAUCAAGCAAGGAGAAUCCGUAGUGCACUCUUCGCAGUAUCGCGACAUGGUCAUUGAUAAAAAUCAGAGCAUUGGAACUCUCGUUGGCCUUCUCAGCAAGCUUGUGCUGAAGAAUAAGCAUACAGCUGAACGCCUGGUUCUAAUACCAAUGCCCACAUCAUUCGGCACAUCGAGCAUCAGCUAUCAAACUCAUCCCGGUCACCAUCACCCAUUUGUCACGAUUGACAAGGAACAGGCCACCAAGGCUUAUGCGUAUGUGGUAGAUAGUGAUCUGGGUAGAUUGCUGGAUACUUCAGAACUGCAGAGCCGGCUUUUCUUAAGCUACUUGCACGCUAUUACUUCCGGAUGUCUUCCAGACCCAUUGAUGGCACGUACUGGCACCGAAAGUAGUCUGGAGAUCCUCGGAUCAGCAGCAGUACGCUCAUUUGAUACUCUUACUCCGAUGAACGUAGAGUUGUUGUCCCGUAUUGCCGAGCUUUCUGUUAAGCGGCGGUGGUACCCUGAACAUCUAAGGGUAAUGCAAAGUAUUGAGUGGGACGAAAAACUUCCGUCGCUGCUGCAGCAUGGCUCCUUUCGAGUGCUGGUGUUAUCUUUGCUAGACCAAGCUGGGAAAAUGCGAAUAUUCCACCCAGGAAACUCUGUUUUCGACUGGAUCGAAACGGCUCGAACGAAGCUCCUGUCAGUCUCAAAUUCUCAACUGGACCAACGCGACAUGAUUCGAUCAUGCACUUUCCGCGUUGCAGGUUUCGGCGCCGAGAAGUUCACUACAUCUCACGACAUCCAGUACCAAGCUAGAGACAGAUCACAGAAUGAGAGAGGACAUCGGGCUUUCAUCACCGCUUCGCUGGCUCUACGCAAUCAAACUGCUUUACAUACCGCUAUUCCGCACUUCAAAGGUAGUCUUCUACAAAACCAUUUUGGCAAUGCUACGAUUCAGGGCGCUCAGACCUCAUUCGACCCUGGAAGUCUUGAAUAUGAUUCUAGAUGGCUGGAGGAUUGUUCGAAGCAUCUUAAGGCACUUUGGUGCACGCUACAUCAAGAUGUUCAUAAAGCCAGCAAUCGCUACAGCUUGGCAACCUGGCUUUGCACUCUGGCAUUUGCUGAGACCGCUGACAUGGAUGCAAUCCAAGCUUUGGUGGCAUUCUCAAGACUACCGGAGAUGUUAGCCAUACACCCACCUGCUGCUCCUGUGUUUCACCUGAAUCAAGGAACUAGGUACGAAAGGGGAAAAAUACGCGACAUUCUUCAGGAAAGCGCUAAAUCCUUUGAUACAUCCAUGGAGGCUAGAUUGCCCAAGAACGACCAUGAGACUGUGGAAAAUCAUGAGAUUAGAAUCGAGUCGCUGUUUCGUGAUCGCAAGAAUGGCGCAAUUCAAAGAUUUAUCGAAAACCUGGAGCGUCAAUGGCCGAUUCCGAACCCUAGUACUCCGUCGGCCGCUGACUACAACACAUACCUUGACCCGACCGAUGCGAUGAUCGAAAUUCGAGACUUCUUCCGAAAAUGGUAUGACAAUCUGAAAUUUAUGGAAUACCUUGAGCAGGUGUCGAAUGUCCUCGCGCGUCAACCGUUCCUCAAGGUACCAAUUCCACACAUUUCUGUUGCUUUGCCUCAAAAGAGGGACAGUCUUGGCGCGAACGGCCGCUAUCUCAGCGUGUCGGGUGUUUUUGGAAUGGAAGCGCCUUUGGUCUUUCACGACGGUAGGUUUCACUUAUCGUCCAACCCCACCUCAAACAUCAGCACUCGCACACCGCCUUGCGAGCCCAACCUCACUAUAGCAAAAGCUCACACAAACACGAAGCAUUCAGAUAUAAUGGGUAGGCUCGAGAACCUCUGCCAGGGGCUUAUGAAAUAUGCCAAAUCGAAAUGCGAGAGAGAAUACGUUGAGCAUUUACGUAUCAGUUGCGGAGCUCUCGAAGAACAUCUCAACGCCAAUCACACGCACCAGGAUUUGAUUACAAACGCCGUGGAUAUUCUCCAAGAGUAUUUGUACGACUGCCAGAGCUACUUCAACAAGAUCACUUCUUCGUUGGAGGACCUAUUCAGCGGGGAGAUUGGCUUCCGAACGAAACAUGCUCCACGAAUCUCACCUACGUUUUGGCUCAGCCAACUUCAUCGUGAUCGCUAUGAAUUGUUGAGUAUAGAUUGGAAAGAAGCCAUGGUAGAACAUGCUUUGGCCAUCACUAAUUUACAAAGGGCGCAGCGAUUGGUGCGUCUCUCCAAUAAGCCGAUGGAGCUUAUUGAGGAGUUGCAACACGUCGGCCACUCUAACUGGGAUGUGCGGCAAUUCCCAGAGACGCUUCUACUCGAAGCCGAAAGCGGCAUUCUGGUUCGCAAGGAGCAAGAGUACAUUGCGAGUCAGAUGCGGUCUCCAGAAAAUGGCGAGAACGUUGUCUUGCAGCUGUUGAUGGGAGGUGGCAAGUCCACCACUAUCGUGCCUAUCCUGAAUGCCUAUCAUGGUGACAAAAAGAAAGUGGUCGUUGCAAAACCUCAGAGCAAACAAAUGCUUCAAAUGCUUGUAGCGAAGCUGGGAGGGAUGCUAGGCAGACGCAUUUACCAAAUGCCUUUCUCACGUAACCUUCGGCUAAGUACCGGCGACGCCCAGGCAAUACGCCAGAUCUAUGAUCAAUGCAUCGCUGAGCGCGGCGUACUGCUGAUUCAACCCGAGCAUAUUCUUUCCUUCAAGCUCAUGGCUAUAGAAUGCGUUCUGAUUGGUGAGAAAGAAACCGCCCGCUCACUGCUGGAAACCCAGCAGUUCUUUGAUCGAGUGUCGGUCGACUGUGUUGAUGAGAGCGACGAAAACUUCUCAGUGAAAUUCGAGUUGAUAUACACCAUGGGAGAGCAGCAGUCGAUCGAAUUCGCCCCUGAGCGAUGGUUGAUUAUUCAACGCGUGCUAGCACGAUUGGCACUUGUGGCCGCCCAGGUGAAGACCGAGUUACCUGAAGCGGUCGACAUACAGGACAAGGCCGAUGGCAAAUAUCCUCGAAUUCGAUUCUUGAGAGCUGAUGGAGCUGAUCGAAGCUUGCAACUACUUUCCGAGCUUGUCGUUCGACUAGGUAUUGGGAUUCCUUCACGAUCACAGUCGCCGGCGACACAAGAGGCAAUCAUCCGCUACAUCACCAAGACUGAUCUGGAGAUCAAGGAAGUUGAUGCAGUUGAAAAAAGCAAGUUCUGGAGUGAGUCUACCAAGGCGCCACUCCUAUUACUCCGUGGCUUGUUCGCGGACGGUGUACUUCGAUUUGUAUUCACAAGCAAGCGAUAUCGCGUCAAUUUUGGCCUGGAUGAUUCUCGUAUUCCGAACACUUCGCUCGCGGUACCAUACAGGAGCAAAGACUCACCUUCGCCAAGAUCUGAGUUCUCUCACCCAGAUGUUGUCAUCAUAUUGACUCUCCUAUCGUACUACUACCGGGGCUUGACUGAUGAUGAGCUCUUUGAUACUAUCACACACGUUUUGAAGUCCGAUCAAGCAGUCAUACAUUAUAAUGAGUUCGUCAAGACUGCAUCCUCUCGCUUACCGAAAGCCUUCCAACAACUUUCUGGCAUCAGCAUUCGCGAUCGACACCAGUGCGUCAUGGAGGUAUUUCCGAGCCUGCGACGUUCAAAGAACGCCAUCGACUAUUAUCUCUCGAAAUUAGUCUUCCCAAAACAGCUCAAACAGUUUCCGAAGAAGCUUAGUGCAUCAGGCUGGGACCUUGCAAUCAAGAAGCCGCACCCAACGACCGGUUUCUCUGGUACAAAUGAUACCCUGCAUCUACUACCACUCGAUAUCAAGCAUCUGGAUCUUCCAAGUCAGCACCAUACAAAUGCUCAGGUAUUGUCCUACCUGUUGAUGGACGAAACUGCGGUGGAAAACCUACCUGUACGGACACCAGGUAGCACUACCUGCGAUGGCGAACAUCUGCUCGCGUUCAUCGAGAAGCUGAACUUCGAUGUCAGAGUCGUGUUGGACUGUGGAGCUUCAAUUCUUGAGCAAAACAACCGACAGGUCGCAGAGACGUGGCUGAAGAUGCGCGCCAGCGAUAUCCAGGCUGUGGUAUACUUCGAGAACGAAGAGCUGUCAGUGCUCGACCGAAAUUCUCGCGUUGAAUCAUUCCAGACUUCUCCGUAUGCCAAGAUGCUCGAUGCAUGCGUAGUCUACUUGGACGAGGCGCAUACACGAGGAACGGAUCUCAAGCUCCCGCGACAUUACCGCGCAGCCCUUACACUGGGUAGCCAGUUGAGUAAGGACCGUCUCACCCAAGCGGCGAUGCGACUAAGAAAACUGGGUCAUGGUCAGGCCAUUACAUUCGUUGUUCCCGAGGAAAUCCGAACCAAGAUUUACGAGAGAACUGGCAAGCCUUCCGGCGCUCAGCUCGAUGCCCACGAUGUCCUAUCAUGGGCAAUCGGAGAGACAUGGUCCGACUUGAAAAAGAGCUUACCUCUGUGGGCAGUGCAAGGUGAACGCUUUGAGAGACACAAGCAUCUUUUGAAUGGUCCGCAAACUACGAAGGACGAUGCAGAAGCCUUCCUGGAGAAAGAAGCUGUAGACCUGGAAACGCGCUACAAGCCCCGCACCCAGGACGAUCAUUACACACAACUCAGAGAUUGGGAUAUGUCGAACUCUAACAUUACGAAGAUUGUCUCACGGUGUCGCGAUUUCGAAGCCAUGAAUUUUGGAUCUGCUACAUUGAGCGAGGAACAAGAAAGGGAGCUUGCACCCGAGAUUGAAGAAGAGCGCCAGGUUGAGCGUCCGCCACGUUUAAAUGCCCAUUCGCAUAGUGUUCAUCCAGAUCUCAAGAAGCUGGUUACCAGCGGAACGAUGGUCGACUCAAAAGCAUGGAUUCCAGCAUUUCAGGCACUAGACACGACUAGUGCCGGCAAGCUCAUUGACCUGCAACAUUUUCCACAGGAUCUACUGGUCACGGUGGACUUUAUGUACACUGUCAAGGUGCCUCCAGGCUCGACUCGCGCAUCUUUCAUCUCCGACUCUUACCAGCGACCAGUGCAAUUUGUACUUUCUGUACUGGAUCCUCACCACAAAGCCACAGUCAGCAAACUCAUCAUCAUCAGCCCACAUGAGGCCAAUAAGUUGCUUCCGUCAAUUGUUCGGUCAAAAAAAGUUACGCUCCACUUGUUCGCCGCGCGCACCAACGUGAGCUUUGCUUCGCUCGAUGAGCUUACCUUGUACAACGUUGGUCGUCCAUUCUCUCCAGACUCAAUCUCACGCAGCUUGGCGAUGCAGUUGAAUCUAUUUUCUGGUAGCUUGUAUCUUCGCUCACUAGCAGAGUACAAUGAGCUCUGCGACUUCCUCGGUCUACUACAAGGCAAGGUGGAAGAUGGCCAACAAGUGUACGCUGACGGCUUCAUUGACCCUCCAACUGGGAAAUGGGGUCUACAGACGUCACCUGUACCAUUUUUGCGUGUCUUAUUGAUGAAGAUUCGUCGUGAGGGAGAGGGCGUUGAAAAGACGCACAUGGGUAAGGUUUUGAGUGGUGUGGCAUUAGAGGCGAGCGACUUUGGAGAGCCCGAGGAAGUCACGAGUAGCUCAGAAUGGCCACCUUAUGGAAUUGACUGCAUGGGGGUGUAG